AUGGGCUCAAGUUACAAGAGCUCCAAGGCGUCGACCGUUGCCACGCAACACGAUAAUGACGAGCUGCUCGUGACCAAAGGAUCGCUCACAUCCACACGCUCUAAUAGUCCAGAGAUUUUGCUUCAAGUGAACCAGAAAUUUGCCCGUUCCUUUGAGGAACGUAAGCGCAAGGAGGAGCUCUUGACACUUGAAAAGCGUGGGCUUAAUGAUAAUGACGACGACGAAUCGGAAUCAGAAACGGAGGACGAGGAUGGUGAAGAGCUUACGCGGGAGCUGGACUCGAACAUUCGUAAGACGCUGAAGCUCAUCCGUACGAAGAAUCCGGCCAUUUACAACUCGUCCAUUACCUUCUUUAGGCAGUCCGAAACGUCACAAGUCAGUGACAAGGACGCAGAUGCUGGUGGUGUAAAGAUCAAGAAGGAGAAGAACGUGGCGCCGUUAUAUUACAAGGAUAUGGUGCGUCAGCAGGCGAUUGCAGGCGACGUUAGUGGCAGCGACGAUAACGACGAUAACGACGAUGACGACGACGACGAGAAACCAGUGCAAACAUAUGCAGAAGAACAGGCGGAGAUCAAAAAGACUUUUUUGGCGUCGUUGGAGGAGAACGAGGAAGGAGACGACGAGACAAAUGAGCUGGACGGAGGACUUUUUACAAUGAGAAAGAAAAACAGAGGAGAGCAGAAACAGGAGAACGAGGACUAUAGAGAGUUUACGUCCAAGUAUGGCUCCAAGCUGAAGAAGGGUGAAAUUGACCCUGAUAAAUUUUUGGAGCAUUAUCUAAGCAGUGAAGGCUGGAAGGACAAGACGGCUGUUGUGCCACAUUAUGACGAGAUUGUUAAGGAGGACGAAGAGGAUGCAGAUGCUUUGGAGAAGGCUGAAGAGUUUGAACACAGUUAUAACUUUCGCUUCGAAGAGCAGGGAAGUAGUGUGAUCCAGACGCAUGCGCGUCAUAUUGAUGACACUAUGCGUCGUGAAGAUGACUCGCGUAAGCGGAAUAGAGCAGAGCGUAAGGAGCGCAAAGCGCUUGAGCGCCAGAAGAAGGAGGAGGAACUUCGUCGUUUGAAAAACCUCAAACAAGCUGAGAUUGAACAGAAGCUAAAGAAGGUUGCACGGCUAAUGGGUGAGGAAGAGGGCACGGCUGGUUUAAAGGCAGAGGACUUGGAGGGUGACUUUGAUCCCGACGAGUACGAUAAGCGUAUGCAGGCCGUCUUUAACGAACAGUAUUACGAUGAAGAUGACGAUAUGGAGAAGCCUACGUGGGACGAAGACGAAGACAAGGAAUUAUUUGCUGGUCUGCCUGUUGAUCUGGAGGAGGAGGAGGGGGAUGCAGAGGGCGAUGCUACGUUGCGUGAGGAAGCCGAGGUGGAGGGGGAUGACAAGGAGAAACAGGCGCUAGUUGAGGAGGAUGAAGAAGGGCAGGAUGGAGAGGAGGCGCCAAAACAUUUGAAGCUGACAAUGAACGAGAUUCAGCGUCAAAAGCAGAAGUAUUUGGACGAGUUAUACAGCUUGGACUACGAAGAUCUGAUUGGAGACAUCAAGUGCCGCUUCAAAUAUCGCCAGGUCCAGAAUAACGAUUUUGGUCUUACCGUGGACGAAAUCAUGGCUGCUGACGACAGCGAGCUUAAGCAGCUUGUGUCCCUGAAGCGUAUGGCACCGUACGCCGACUCGGAGUACUUUAUAGACCGCAAGCGACUUAAGAACUUUAAGAAAAGUGUGCGGGUGGCUCAAGAGGAGAAUCGUAGGCGCAAGUACACCAAGGAGCCUGUAGAUAGUAAAGGGAUACAGAAAGAAGAGGCUGAACAGCCCAAGAAGCGGAAACGUAGCAAAAAGAAGAAGGCCAUGGAGGAGGAAGCGAAUCCAGAAGAAGAUAAAACGUUGUCUGAGGAAGAGAAACCGAUACCGAAGAGAGCGAAGGUAAAGAGUGAAAGUGCUGAGCCAGCAGCGGAGAAGGCUUCAGUCGACAUUGAGAAGAAAAAGCGCCGGAGUAAGAAAAAGAGAAGUGGUGAGAAAAAUGUACAUGCAUCGACCGGUCUCCCGACUUCUCGACUCGAGUCGUACAAGCUGCUUAAGACAAUUAAAAACUAG